AUGACCAACACCAUUGAUUCACAGCUGCGUUCACACGAAUGUCCGCUUUCAUCCUGCUUGCUACUCCAUGCAGAAGAUAAAUAUUGUUCAUCAAAACUUACCAUCACAGGAGAUCCUGUCUGUGUACUUGGCACAGAGCUGAAGGAAUCUGUUGAAGAAAUACUGCCAUUCUUGAAGAAAGAAAAUGUUAAAGUUUAUUAUUUAAGCAAGACAUCUGCUACAGAAGGAGUUGAGAGCUUUCUUGAUAAAAUAGAUGCUGCUUCAGAUGAGCCUACUCCAUUGUCUUGGAGAUCAGAUAUAACCUUUAAAACUCCUGCCAUGUACAUUUAUACUUCUGGUACUACAGGUCUUCCCAAAGCUGCGGUGAUUAACCAUGAACGCAUAAUGCUAGCUUGUGGUUUGUUUGAUGCUGGCAAUGUUACCUCAGAAGAUAUUGUGUAUACUGCUCUUCCACUCUAUCAUAGCUCUGCUCUCCUCGUUGGAGUCCAUGGAUGUAUCAUGAAAGGUGCAACUAUUGUUUUGCGUGCCAGAUUUUCAGCAAGCCAGUUCUGGGAUGAUUGCAGAAAAUACAACGUAACAGUGAUACAGUAUAUUGGGGAAGUUCUUCGGUAUCUAUGUAGUGUGCCACAGAGAAACAAUGAUCGGGAUCACAAAGUCAGACUUGCCAUAGGAAAUGGAAUAAGGGCUGAUGUUUGGAGGGAAUUUAUCCGAAGAUAUGGAAAUAUUAGUAUUUUGGAAUUUUAUGCAUCGACUGAAGGAAACAUUUCCUUCGUUAAUUACACUGGAAAAAUUGGUGCAGUGGGAAGAGUAAACUGCCUGCAGAAGAAAAUCUUACGCUAUGAACUGAUUAAAUAUGACGUAGAGAAAGAUGAACCAGUCCGAGAUGAAAAUGGAUACUGCAUAAGAGUUCCCAAAG